AUGUCAGUUCGUUGUUUGUUAUCUGCUAAGCAUACAAUUUUAAUUUCUAGCUUCCUAACAUUAUGUUGUUAUUUUGCUUUGGCGCAACUUUCACAAACUGAUCCAAAUUGUAUAAAUUACCAUCCACCUUUGUCCGUCCUUCCCGAACAAUGUUGCAUGAUGCCUGACUUUUUCGACGAUGCUGAUUUAAUUAAAUGUAAAACUUCACAUGGAACUGAAAGUCUUAUACGAGAUGUCAUCAACAGACGAAAGCGUUUCGCAACAACCCGAAUCGAAUUGGGAAUUUGCUACCUAAAUUGUGUUUUUAAACUUGCCGACAUAAUUUCCGAUGACCAAAUUAUCGAUGUCGAGCGAUUUAAAGAGAAAUUGACAAGCGAAACUCCCCUUGAAUCAAACUCAAUUGACACGAUAAAUAAUUCCAUUACCAAAUGUGUUAAUGAUUUAGAUUCUGGCGUCAUAAAAGCACACGAUCAUUCCACUUACAAUUGCAGUUCAAUCCCGUCAUCACUUAUGAUGUGCGUUCACAUGAAUUUCUUCCUAAAUUGCCCCUCAAAUCGUUUCAAUCUUACUGAUCAAUGCAUUGAGCUUCAAGAUUAUCUUAGAAGAUGUCCAAUAACUUUAUAA